AAGUGGGGCGGAGCUAAUAAAGCGCCGGCUCUCACUCAACGGAAGUGGCUGUUGGAGGUAUUUAGGUAGCUUUAAAUUCCUGGUGUUGCGGAAGCUUGCCCUUUUCAGUUGGAGCCGAGUUUUCGUGCGACGAAUGGCGGUGGACGUGAAGUCGCGAGCAAAGCGUUAUGAGAAACUGGACUUCCUCGGGGAGGGACAGUUUGCCACGGUUUACAAGGCCAGAGACAAGAACACCAACCAAAUUGUCGCCAUUAAGAAAAUUAAACUUGGACAUAGAUCAGAAGCUAAAGAUGGUAUAAAUAGAACAGCCUUAAGAGAAAUAAAAUUAUUACAGGAGCUAAGUCAUCCAAAUAUAAUUGGUCUCCUUGAUGCUUUUGGACAUAAAUCUAAUAUUAGUCUUGUCUUUGAUUUUAUGGAAACUGAUCUAGAGGUUAUAAUAAAGGAUAAUAGUCUUGUGUUGACACCAUCACACAUCAAAGCCUACAUGUUGAUGACUCUUCAAGGGUUAGAAUAUUUACAUCAGCAUUGGAUUCUACAUAGGGAUCUAAAACCAAACAACUUGUUAUUAGAUGAAAAUGGAGUUCUAAAACUGGCAGAUUUUGGCCUGGCCAAAUCAUUUGGGAGUCCCAAUAGAGCUUAUACACAUCAGGUUGUAACCAGGUGGUAUCGGGCCCCUGAGUUACUAUUUGGAGCUAGAAUGUAUGGUGUAGGUGUGGACAUGUGGGCUGUUGGCUGUAUCUUAGCAGAGCUUCUUCUGAGGGUUCCUUUUUUGCCAGGAGAUUCAGACCUUGAUCAACUAACAAGAAUAUUUGAAACUUUGGGCACACCAACUGAAGAACAGUGGCCAGACAUGUGUAGUCUUCCAGAUUUCGUGACAUUUAAGAGUUUUCCUGGAAUCCCGUUACAACACAUCUUCAUUGCAGCAGGAGACGACUUGCUAGAUCUCAUACAAGGCUUAUUCUUAUUCAACCCGUGUACUCGAAUUACAGCGACACAGGCAUUGAAAACUAAGUAUUUCAGUAAUCGGCCAGGGCCGACACCUGGAUGUCAGCUGCCAAGACCAAACUGUCCUUUGGAAACUUUAAAGGAGCAGUCAAAUCCAGUUGUAGCAACAAAACGGAAGAGAACACAGGCCUUAGAACAAGGAGGAUUACCCAAGAAGCUAAUUUUUUAGUUACAGAGAUCACUGGACAGUAUUUUACUACUGAAGGAAAUAGUCAAAAAAGCAAAUAAUGGAGAAAUAGUAAACAUUAAGUAAAUGCUGUAGAAGGAAUUUGUAAAUACUCCACACAUGUAAAAUAUGUAAAACUGGAUUAUUUUUAUUAAAUUUAUUUUAAAACAAACUUAAUUCUGAUUUUUCUGGUGAGAGUGCAAAAGUAAGAUUAAGUUCAGUUCUUUGAAAUGUAGAAUUGAAAAUGCAUUAAGGAAACCUUAAUAAAAAUAAUCAUCAGUUACUUUGGUGAGUUGGCCCAUAUAGCAUCACAGAUAUGUAGUAGCAGGGGUAGUAUUCAAAAACAGAGGAAGUAGUAGAAAUGUUGCAUAUACCUGCUACCUAGAGCUAACAAAUGUUGAUAUGCUAAAUAGAAAAGAAAGAAGAAAAAAUUACAAAUGAAAUUGAGCUCCCUUUAAUAUAUCAUUCCAUUCUUUUCCUUUUUACCUUCCCAAAAGGAGAGUGACUCUCAGGAAAUGAGUGUGUCCUUCCAUGAUUUUAUACUGCUAUUUUAUAAAAAUUCAUGUAGUAAUAUACCAUAUUGUUAAAAUUUUAUGAGUGAUAGACUGUAUAUCUUGUAAUUUUUUUUUUACUCAAAACUUUUAAAAUCCCUUCCAUGUUAAUACACAUAAAUCUAGCUUAGUAUCUGUUUAAUAUAUAAAAAUAUAUAUAUAACACUACAUAUUCAUGUUUUAUGGAUUAUUUUUCUUGUAUUACAUAAAAAUUACCAUAAGUAUAGCACUUUAAAAUUACACAAAUGUACUGACUCACAGUUCUGUAAGCCAGAUGUCUGACCUGGCCCAGCUGUGUUUCUUGCAUAGGUCCAAAUAGAGGUGUCAGUUGAAUGGUUCUCUUUUCUGAGUUUCUAGGGAGGAAUUGGCUUAUAAGCUCAUUCAGUUCAUGUAAUUUUAAUGCACACGCUUCCUGUCCUGGUUAGCUAUUAGCCAGGGGCCUUUCCCAGCUUCUUAAGCAGUCCACAUGCCUCGUCACAUGGCAUUCUCCAUCUGUACACCAACAGCUAUGCUUAGAAUCUGUUUGGUUUCCUUGUCUGCUACAAGAGAUAAAACUGUUUUCUUUAAAAAGACAAAAGAGAUGACAUCAAAAUUUAAAAUGUCUAUCAAUGGAGUGAUAAGCACAGAGUGAAAAGAACAGUAGAAAUUAUUUCUGAAUCAUAUAUCUGAUAAAAGAUAGCUCAACAAUAAAAAAAAUUUAUUAAAAAAUGGGCAAAGGACUUGAAUAGACAUUUCACCAAAGAUAAUGUAUAAAUGGCCAAUAAGCACAUGAAAAAGGCGCUCAAUGUCACUAAUCAUUAGGGAAAUGCAAGUCAAAACCACAAUGAGAUAUCACUUCAUACCUGUUAGGAUCUCUACUAUCCCCCCCUCAAAAAAAUCCCAGAAGGUAACAAGUGAUGGUGAGGAGGUGGAGAAAUUGGGACCCUUGUGGAUUUUUGGUUGGAAUGUAAAAUGGUGUCUGCUAUGGAAAACUGUGACCUGUCCUUAAAAAAUUUUAAAGAGCAUUUUCAUAUGAUCUAGCAGUUUUAUUUGAGUAUAUAUGUCCUAAGAUUGAAUGCAGAGUCUCAAAUAUACAUAGUUAUCGACAUUGUAUGAAAGGAUCUGUUUCACCUCAUCAUUUCUAGCACUCAAAUAAUCUUUGUGAUCUUUGUUACUUUGGUAUCUCAUUCUAAUUUACAUUUUUUAAAUUUCUACUGUGGUUGAAUAGUUCCUUACAUUGGCUAACCAUAUAUAAUCCCUUUUGUAAACUGUUGAUUUAGAUUCUUUGCUGUUGGAGUGCUCCAAAUUUUAUCAAUUUCUAUGAAUUUGCAUUUUAUAUACGUAUACAUGUAUUUUACACACGCACAUUUAAAAAGAACCUUUUUAUUUGAUUUUUUUUCUUACACUUCCAAUUUUGGUAUUGGUGAACAGUUCCUUUUCUUACCUUUUAUUUCAUAUUAAAUCAUUACAUGUAUUAAAUCUGUGUAUGGUCUUUAUCCUGUUCCAUUGAUCUGCUUGUACCACAUUGUUGUAAAUAAGGUAGCUUUAUAUUACUAUCAGGACAAUGCACUUUUAAUGUCUAGUAACAGUUCCUCAUCAUUACUCCUUUUUUCAAAAUUUAUUUGCCAAGUUUUUAUCUUUUAUUAAUAUUUAUUAAUUCCAACUAAAUGGUGUUGCUUUAAUACAACAAUAAAUGGCUUAUACUUUC